AUGGCUGAAGUCUUCGGCGUUGCGGCCAGCGCUUUGAGCGUUGCGGCCCUGUUCAACAACUGCGUCGACUGCUUCGAGUACAUCAAACUGAACCCCCAUUUCGGUCCAGUCGCCGAACGCUGCCAACUGAAACUCGAUGUCGCCAGGAACCGACUGGGUAGAUGGGGCGAGGCAGCCGCGAUCAAUACGGACCCUCGCUUCCCCACCAAUGCCAGAGAUUCUCGACAAGUCCGAGCGAUCCUAGAAGAGAUCGCACUGCUCUUCCACACUUCACGGGAGUCAUCGAAGCACAACUUCGAUGCGAGGCCAGAUCCGAUGGCGCGCUUUGAAGUUAAGAAUAUGACGCUAGCGUUUUGGAAACCGCACGAUUAGAUGGGGGUUAUUGCUCGCCAGAGGCAAGACCGAACAGGCCUACUGAAUAAGUCUGCGUGGACGUUGUACAACAGCGACUGCGACAAGCUUGUUGAGCAAAUCGCGAGAUUUUUGGACGAUCUGGAGAAGCUGCUCCCCGUGGAGACCACGUAUCGCAAGCUCGCGGAGCUGGAAAUUGAGGAGCUGGACAGCGGGGGGGGCCUGGGGGGGUUGUUGGACGCCGCUGCCCGCGCCGAUAGUGUCUUGUAUGAGGUCGUUGUGAAGAAGAUCUCUGACAUCCGAAGAGAUCUUCCUCCCGGCGUCAUACAACCCUCCAAUAGGGACGGUCCCGCUCACCAGCCUCAAGAACCCCGGCAGACAGUUGAUGCUUCUGGCAUUAGAGGCGAACACUUCACUGAGGAUGAUGCCCGUGAGCAACUGUCCUCUUAUGUCGUAAUUAGACUUGAGAAGAU